AUGUGUGGUGGUGAUGGUGGUGGUGGUGGUGGCGGUGGGGGACGUGCUGUUGCAUACCUCCCUGUGCUGACGCACUCACCAGACUGCUACGCUUCCAGCAGCCGCAGCCGCAGCAGGAACAGUCAAUUGGGACAGUGCACACUGAACACUGAACACACAACACAAGAUGGUGCACGCCAGUACUUCUUUUUCACCUCCUUCAUCUCCUCAUGUGGUGCGGGUGGGGUGGGGUGGGGUGGGGGGCGCACAGCAGCAGGAACCCCAACUCAAGCACCUGUUUCAAAAGGAAACAACAACAACAACAAAGAAAAGAAAGAUUAG